GUUGCGGGACCUAGAUGGUCAAAACCAAACAAAAGCACUUGCGUUUGUGUCGGCACUUUGUCGUCGGGGCAGCACACGCGCGUUAGAUUAUUGCCAGGGAUUUAUUUGCAUGCAGCUGCAAACCCACAAGCCGGCUGCUGACCGCUGCGCAUAAAGGGCUGCCGGGGCCGGCCCCUGCCCGGCCGCCGCGGCUCCCGGUGGGAGCACGGCCCGGGGGCCGGGGUGAGGGGAGGAUUUGGGAGUGGGUUUGCUCCCAACACGGCCUGGGGGGUGGUCACAGAGCCGGCAGCAGCAGGGUCCCCAGCGCAGCCAGAGGCUGCAGGUGCGGGGGAUGGGGGGGAGUCGGGGGCAGCCCCGGCCCGCUGCUCCCCUCCCCUCAACCCCAAAGGCAGCCGCAGCUCCCGCUGGCCUUGAUCACAAACACAUCCGGGAAAAGCUUUCCCUACUGCAUAUGUCCCGGGAAAAAAAAAGAAUCGGUGGCGGAUCCUCGGGAUUUCCCAGAGCUAUUUUCAGUGCUUUGAAAAUUGCAGUAAUGUCGAUGUCUUCCCCCACCCCCACCCCCCUUCUCCCCUCUCUUCGGCCCACUAACGUUUGGCAGCCUUUGACGAGGGAGCUCUUAACCUUUGAAGCAAAGGCUUUAGGUUCAAACUACCUCCUUCACUACCCCUGUAAGCCUCCCCUCUCCCCACAUACAGGCACAUCGCGAGGAUGGGUUUGGCGGCAUCUGGGAUCUGUCUCCUCAGGCCUCCCCUCUACCUCAGGCUAUGCCACUAGGUCUCCUUCAUCUUCUCCCGAAGACACAGGAGAUUGGGACAAUAGCUGGAGUGGAUUAUGCAUUCCCGUAGGCGAUACUUCCCUAUAUGAGCUUCAGGAUGCAGUUGGAAGCUCGGGAACAAAGCGGGCAUCGAAUGUCAAGGGCAGAAAAGAAAACUUCAAAAGAGAAAGAGAGAAGCGGGAGUGGGGAGGACGGGGAACCCCUGAUUCCUCAGUGAUCUGCACAGCUCGGACAGACCUACAAGUUCCCCUUCACCUCUUGCAGACAAGUCCCGUCGGAGAAAAAACCCCAUGCCUGAACUUUUAACGUGGCUUGGGGUUUAUACCAUUCUGGCUCCAUUUCAGAAAUCUCGAAAGGGGAAAAAAAACCCCCAACAAACACCAAAACCAACAAAAGAAACAAAAAGGGUAAAGAAAGUUUUGAUUUAACUCUUUGUUGCUAAAACCCCCACCACAACCAAACCCCCAGGCAUUAGCAAAAGCGAACAGCGUCACUGGCAGUCGGUGCCCGGUCCCGAGGCGGCCCUCCCCGCCACACAACGCCGAUGGCCGGCAGGGAGAGGCAGCCCCAGCCCUGACUGCCAAGCACCUUGGGUGCAGCCGAGCCCCAGAGCUCCCCCCGCUGCCCCGCGGAGGGGGCAGCACUCCCUCCGAACAUUGUGGGGGAAGGCAGCCCUGCCUGGGAUCUGCGGGGCUGGCAGGGAAGUUUUUGGUACUGCUAAAGGCAUAUAUACACACACAUACACAUAUAUCUAUCUAUAUCAUACGCACACAUCUUUAUAUAUAGAUUUAUAUGUAGGUGUCUAGUCUAUGUUUAAAUUAUUCUAUCUAUACACACAGUCCUCCCCUGAUGAGGUCAUUCUACCAUAUAUACGAGACUGGGUGCAUGGUGCCAGAAUCUAACUCCAAGAUCUUAUCUCUGGCGAUCUGAAAGCAAUCUAAAGUAAAUGUUAGCAGAAGGGGAAAUAAAUUUUGGAGAGAAACAUUCAACAAGGUGUCCCUGAAGCCUUUUCCCCCGCCCUCCCCAGCCGAUGUACCCACGCACUUUAUGCCAAAGAGAGCCAUUUCGGAGCAAGGGACUCCUGCUUCAGAGCAAGGACAGACUGCACCCCGCGUCGUGGAUCUCUGCCUGGCUGGGGCUGCACCUUGACAAUUUUAAUCUCCUAUUCCCUUUCCCGAGCGAUGCUCUAAUGCGCUAAUUUGCUGCAGCUUAUUUAUUUUAUUUUUUCCCCUGUGGCUACAAA